AUGGUGCUGUUAGAGAGUGAGCAGUUCCUGACAGAGCUGCCCCGGCUCUUCCAGAAGUGCUGCCGGCUGAUGGGCAGCGUGUUUAUCACCCUCAAGAAGUAUGACGUUUGCACCAAGCCCAUCCCCAGAAAGAGGUCCAUGGAGGGGUUUGAGCCCGCUGACAAAUGUCUGUUAAGAGCCACGGAUGGGAAGAGGAAGAUCAGCACAGUGGUGAGCUCCAAAGAAAUGAAUAAGUUUCAGAUGGCUUACUCAAAUCUAUUGAGAGCUAACAUGGAGGGUCUGAAGAAGAGGGACAAAAAGAACAAGCGUAAGAAGAAUAAAGCAGCACAGUGA